AAAAAAAAAAAAUCUGUCGCUUUCAAUAUCUUUUUGUCGCAUAUUGCUCUAUGACUUCCCCAACCCCAACCCAGAUGCGUUCUGAUUCAUCCAUUCUAAAUAUGAGGAUGGGCUUCAUUUGCCGCAAUAAACCCAUGGAUCGAGGAAAGCUAUUGAAUAGUCUCAAAUAGUAUAUCAAAAUGUGAUGGCAUUUAAUUAAAAUACCCUUGUUUAUUUUAUUUCAUUUUAUGCUGCCUUAAUGAGUCUCUCUUACUACAGCCGGUAAUUGAGGACAAAUCCGAACGGCCAAACCCAUCUAAAAAAAAGUUAAGAUCAAAGUUGGUUAUAUGAGUUUUUUCAAGAGGGGAUGGUAUUUUAACCCCAACCCCAGUAAAAAAUCCCAAUAAAAGAACAGCUUGGAUUAAUCGAUCCAUUUCAAAGCUUCAACCGUUAAACCCCAGGACAUAAAGGAGGAAACUGGGAGGGAAGAGAGGGAGAGAGAACCUUUCCACCGAGAUAGAUCUUCUCGGUGUGAGGAGGAAUGAAAUCAUUUGAGUCUGCCAUGGUCGAGCGCUAUCAUGAAUUGUCUAGAAGCCCAGGAACUGGAAAAGGCUCCUGAGACAGAGCUGUGUGUGUGGUGUGGUUGGUGUCUCGGCCAGAAUCGGAAAAUAGUGAAAUGGAUAUGGAAGUUUCUCAAUGGCUGAAGGACUCAUAGGGCCAGCCUUAGGACCAGUGGUGAAGCUCGGGGUUGAAGAGCCAUAUAAAAGCAUAAGUGGCAGAGUUGCACUUUCCAAAAAUCUGGAAGACAUAUAUGAUCUGUUAAACCAAUAUUUACAAAGACUGCUUGCAAUAAAAGAGGAUAAAGAGAUCCAAGUUCAAUGGCACAAACAGCAAGAUACCACCGUGGUUUAUCGCUCAUGGAGGAAGAGGGUAUCAAACAUUGUUGCAGAAGUAGAUAAUAUGAGAGCUGAAUAUGAAAGAAAGCGACUUCCCAAAUGGCGUUUCAUUCGGCGUUCCGGCCUGUGUGAGAAGAUAGCAAAGAGGCACAACCAAGUUAAAGAGCUUUUAGAAGAAGGGCUUUCAAUGAAUAUCCUUGUUGAUUAUAAGCAACCAGAAGCUGUCUUGAAAGUGUUAGAUGCUCCCCAGAUAACAAGCUAUCCUACCCUUCAAAGAGCUCUGGAAGAAAUUUUGGACUGCCUUGGAAACAAGAAAAUGAAAGGCAUUGGAAUUUACGGAAUGAUGGGAGUGGGUAAAACCACAAUAAUGCAGAACCUAAACAACAGUGAAGAGGUUUCUCAAAUGUUUGAUAUGGUCAUUUUUAUCACACUUUCAGGUGAUCAGAAUGAUAUAAAACAUAACAAACUCCAACAAUUAAUUGCAAGUCGGUUGAAGAUAGGCAUUGAAGCCAUUAAUGAAUCCAUUGAUGAAGUUGCUAGAAGAAUACAUGAAGAGUUAUGUGAACUGAAAUUUUUGUUGAUCCUAGACGGGGUUGUAGACUUCAUCAAUUUGCAACAGCUCGGAAUUCCAAAUGAUGAAAAUGGAAGUAAGAUAGUCAUGGCUUCACAGUUUCUUCAUGUUUGUAAUGCAAACAACAUGGAUAGGUUGAUUGAAGUGGAACGAUUACAACAUGAUGAAGCAUGGAACAUGUUUCGAGAUGUUGCUGGUCCUGUAAUUGAACGUCCCGGCAUCAUACGUACUGCUCGGCGUGUGUGUAAUAGGUGCUCUCGUCUUCCACUUCUCAUACAUAAGAUCGCAAGAUCUUUUAAAUUGAAAAAUGAUGCUCCAAGUUGGAGGGCUGCAUUGGAAGAUCUUGAUGAACAAUGGAGAGAGCAUCAAAAUGAAGGCUUGGAAGAGCUGUACUCAUUUCUUGAGUUUUGUUAUGGUCAAUUAAAAGAUAAACAACAAAAAUGCUUUCUAUAUACUUCAUUAUACCCUGCAGAUAGUAAGGUUUACACUGAUUAUUUGGUGGAGUGUUGGACAGCUCAAGGUUUUCUUGGUGAUGUUAAUGAAAUUAGAAGGUACCAAAAAGCACGUGACAGUGGUCAUAUGGUGAUAGGAGAUCUUAUCAAUUUAUCUUUAUUGGAGAAAGGAGAACGAAUGUUGUAUGUCACCAUGAAUGGUUGUAUGAGACAACUUGCUUCACAUAUAUUAUCCAGGCAUCCCCAGUAUAAUUCCUAUGUCUACAAUAAUGAAGAAUCUGAGGAUCCACCUUCAUUGCAUAACUGGGGGAAUGCUAAAUGGGUAUCGAUGGUAGACACCAAAUUGUAUAUUUUACCCCCAAGUAAAGAUAGCAAUAUGCUUGAGACACUGUUGCUGCAAAAGAAUUCAAAGUUAUCUGCAAUUCCAGUGGCUUUUUUUGAAAAUAUGAGCAAUCUUCUUGUACUGGAUUUGCAAGGUACUGCCAUUACAAAGCUUCCAUCAUCACUGUCGAACUUAAACAGACUCAGGGGGUUUUAUUUAAAUUCUUGCAAGCACUUGAGUGAUUUGCCACCUGAAAUAGCAUUCCUUCAAUUUCUUGAGGUCCUUGACAUUCGAGGCAGCCGAGUGAAUUUUAUAUCUUCUUAUAUUGGGAGUUUGAUCAAUUUGAGAUGUUUACGAAUUCCAUUUAUUAAAAAUGGUGAACAAAUUGAUCACCGAGAAUUUAAAGGUGAAAAUUAUCAUAAGAUUUCCAAGCUUCAAAAUAUAGAAGAAUUGAUUAUUGAAGUGAUAUCAUAUGACCAGUGGUGCAACCAAGCCCAGCAUGUCAUGGAGCAGGUGUCUUUACUAAAAAAGCUAACUACUCUCGGUUGUAGUUUUCCCUCCUCAAAGAUUCUUACAAGUUUUAUGGCAAGUUGGGGACAUUUGAGAGAGCACAAGCAACUAAUUUCAUUCCAAUUUUUCAUUGGAUGCCAAAAUUCACAAUAUCCACAAAUUCUUCAAUAUUUUGAGCAUGGACUUCCCAAGUAUAUGAAGUACUGCAAUGGCGGUAAAGACGAUGAGGCAAUGGAAGAGUUGAUUAGUGAAACAGAUGCAUUUGAAUUGAUCUGCCACAAAGAUAUCACAAGCUUGUCAGACUUGGGAAUAAAAAACCUGAACUACAUUCGUGGCUUUUUGAUUGAAGAAUGCAACAGUCUUUCAACUAUUGUAGAAGGUGAGACAAAUGACAUAAGAAAUGGAACCAUCUUCCCAAACUUGGAGCAACUACACAUGAGAAAUCUGCCCAAUUUGGAGUAUGUUCUUAAGGGCCCCUUGCCUCCUGAAAUCUUCUGCAAACUACAUACCCUGAAAUUGGAGAACUGCUCACAGUUAGAAAGCAUUUUUGAUAAGGGAGAAAUUAUGAGAAUGAAUGGCAUGGGGAAUGUGAGUAUCUUGCCAAAUCUGGAGAAGUUAUUUUUGAAAAAUAUACCAAAGCUGAAAUGUGUUUUCAAAGGUCCUUUGCAUCUCAGAACCUUUUCCAAAUUACAGAUUUUAGCUUUGGAAAAUUGCUCAUCAUUAGACAGCCUUUUCAGCAAUGGAGUGAUUCAAAAUUUUGCAGAACUUCGAAAACUGGAAAUUCGAAGCUGUUCAAAAAUUGAAGAACUUAUUUUGACCUCUGAGGACGUUGAAAAGAGUGAAGACGUGCUUCCAUCAUUGAAGAGUAUAGAGCUAGUUGAGUUGCCAAAUCUGCAGUUCAUAUGCAAAAAGCAAAUGUCAACGUGGCCAUCUUUGGAGACCUUGAAGGUACAAGAAUGUCACAAUUUGAAAUCUCUACCUUUUAACAAGAGCAAGGCAGCUAGACUAAGAUCGAUCAAAGGAAAUCAACACUGGUGGAAUGAAUUGGGAAAGGCAAACAAGGAAGUCCACCAACAAUUUGUGGACAUCUUUGUAGCUGUUGAUAGCUGAUUCUAUUUAGUUUAUGUACUUUCUGCUCGUGGUGCCAAAUGUUUCAUGUUAAAACUCUGUUGCUUUUGGUUUUUGCUGGUCUCAUUUUUUGUGCGCAUGUACUUCGCUAUUAUGUUCUGAUAACAUAAAUGAUUGGAUUGUAGUAUCUUAUAAAUGAGUUUGCUUUGUCCA